AUGGCGCCGCUUGAACAGCAAUGGGUCAAGGUCCAGCAGAAGACAUUCACCAAGUGGCUGAACAGUAAGCUCAAGAUCCGCGAAGUCGAGAUCAAGGACCUCAUCAUCGACCUCUCGGACGGUAUCAUACUCAUACACCUCCUCGAGAUCCUCAGCAACGAAUCCCUCGGCCGCUAUGCCUCCCGACCCAAGCUGCGCGUGCAGAAGUUUGAGAACGUCAACAAGUCGCUCGACUUCAUCCGGAGUCGGAGGAUCCAGCUUACCAAUACCGGUGCCGAAGAUGUCGUCGACGGCAACAGCAAGAUCAUCCUGGGCCUGAUAUGGACCCUCAUUCUGCGCUUCACCAUCAGCGACAUCAACGAAGAGGGUCUCAGUGCCAAGGAGGGUCUGCUGCUGUGGUGUCAGCGGAAGACGGCCUGCUACGAUGAGGUUGAAGUCCGUGACUUCUCUACGAGCUGGAACGACGGACUGGCAUUCUGCGCCCUGCUCGACAUCCACCGUCCCGAUCUCAUCGACUACGACAGCCUAGACAAGAGCGACCACCGCGGCAACAUGCAGCUUGCAUUCGAUAUCGCCUCCAAAGAGAUUGGUAUCCCCGACCUGCUGGAUGUGGAGGACGUGUGCGACGUCGCGAAGCCCGACGAGCGUUCACUCAUGACAUACAUUGCUUACUGGUUCCACGCCUUCUCGCAGAUGGAGCGCGUGGAGAAUGCUGGGCGGCGAGUCGAGAAGUUCGUCGCAAAUAUGCAGGGAGCCUGGCAGAUGCAGAACGACUUCGAGCGACGCAUGCGCGAGCUGCUGGACCAGAUCGCCAAGCAGCGCACACAAUGGGAGGAGGCCAAGUUCGACGGGACAUACGCAGACGCUAGGAACCAGUCGACCGAGUUCACCGCCUGGAAGCGCAAAAGCAAGCGAACAUGGGUAGCCGAGAAGUCGGACCUGGUGGGACUACUAGGGAAUAUAAGGACGAAGUUGGCCACAUACCGGUUGCGACCGUACGAUCCGCCCGCGGAGCUCAGCCUCGAAGCACUGGACAGCGCCUGGACGGGAUUGAUGAAGGCCGAGAGACAACGCUCCCAGGUCAUCAACGAGACAAUUAGAGACAUCAAGAACGCUCUGCGGAAAUCCUUCGCCGACAAAGCAAACGACUUUGCCCUGGCCCUCAACACACUCUCUACAUCGAUAUCAGCGUUGGAAGGCGAUGUUGAGGACCAGCUAGAGCACACAAAGGAGAUCAGCAAGUCGCUUGCACCCCUGGAUGAAUACCUCAACCUCAUAGCGUCCAUCGACGAGCAAUGCGCCGAAGCAAACAUCGAGGAGAACGACUUCACAACAUACACAUACGACGAGCUAGAAUACGAGCUGGGCUUGGUCCGCAGUUCGGUAUCGAAGAAGCUUGCCUUUUUAGAGAACCAGAUGGUGGCACGUAACAUGACCAACCUUACCCCAAUACAGCUUGAAGAGUUUGAAUCAGUAUUCAGGCAUUUUGACCGCGAUGUGUCGAAUUCGUUAGCAGAAUUGGAGUUCUCUGCCGCAUUGGCUAGUUUGGGCUUGGUAUACGACGAAGAAGAAAUGCACGAGAGAUUCCGCGAAACUAGUGGUGGCAAAGACUAUGUUACAUUCGAGCAGUUUAUCCGAUUCAUGGUGGACGAAACCGAGGAUCAAAAUACCGCGGAGCAAGUCUUUGAGUCUUUCAAAGAGGUCGCCGACGGCAAGCCAUACGUCACCGAACUCGACCUCCGCCACUCCCUCGUCCCCGACGAAGUCAUCGACGACCUCCUCUCCACCAUGCCCGAGCACAAAGGCCCAGAUAUGGCAGAAGACCGCGACAUACCCAAAUUCGACUACAUCACAUACAUGCAGCGGUACAUGGGCGCCGACCGCGCCAACGGCACCGCUCCCGAGCCGGAGGUCAACGGCGAGUAG